AUGUCAACGAAACGGCACUGAAAUCCAAGUGAAUCUGCAAUUUAAAAAUGGGCGUCAGCUGAUUCAUAAAGAGAUCCCAUCUGCCCUUAACGGUAAAGACGGAAUAAACAAUUGACACUUAACAGUCCUGCAAAAGGAAAACCAUUUUAAAUUUUCCAUCCAAUCCUCUGUACGCAAUGCACUGAACAAAUCGUCAAUAAUGUCUUCCUUUCUCCCUGCCUAGAAGAUUCUUCUGCGUCCGUAACGCCUUUAAAUAUCCCUGCAAUACUCUCACAAGGAAAAUUUCAGAGAUCAUUCGAAAAUUUCUUCAAAAUUUCUGUCAGGUCUGUGAAACCCUAAAGAUACAAUUUUUAUUUGUUCCUUUCGGCCUUCCAAUCAGAUCUGGUCUGUUCCAAAGCAAGCAAGAUCCAAAAUGGUAAAGGACUGCGGCAGGCACAACGAAAAUCCUUGGAAGCGCUUCCUGAGCAGGCUGUGCGGAUGCCUGGUGAUGUUCAUCAUAAUUGCGCUCUUCAUUGUUCUGGUCGUAUAUUUAACCCUCCGUCCGCAAAAGCCACGCUUCUAUGUGCAGGACGCCGUUAUCCAGCAAUGGAACGUCACACGCGACGACACGCUUACCUCCAGCUUGCGGUUCACCAUCAUCUCGCGAAACCCUAAUGACCGGAUCGGCGUCUAUUAUGAUCGGAUCAGCGGCUACGCCAAUUACCUCGACCAACAGAUCACCGCCUACAGCCCUAUAACGCCGUUUUACCAGGGGCACAAUGAUAUCAAUGUUAUUUCCCCUGUUCUUUACGGGAGCUCCGUUCCUUUGGCUCCGUUUGUUGCAGAUCAUUUGAGAGCUGAGCAGCAGAACGGAAUUCUUACUGUAAAUAUGAGGAUCGGGGCAAAGAUCCGGUGGAAGGUCGGUACUUGGACUUCUGGACAAUAUCUUUUGAAUGUGAAUUGUUUUGCUGUGUUAGGGUUUAGCAGUUGCUGCAAUGGCAGCCCUCUUCCUUUGCAGGCGGGCACCAGGUGUGAGGUGGACGUCUGAUAUGGCAGAAUUAUCAUAAAUAUUUGUAAGAUUGUAGCUGAUUUUGAGUUGCAUUGGGAUUACAGUAGCAAAGAUAAGGAUUUCUACACGGAGAACAAAGAUCUGAAAGAGUAAGUCCAUGCUGGAUGCAAAUUUGAUUUGUUGAUAUUAUGUGUGCAAUUUAUUUUUUCCUUUUUUGAUUUCCCUGAAAUUACAAAUAAAAAGGGCUUCUCACAUUGCUUUU